AUGGGCAACAUCACAGAGCAAAUUAAAGCGGUGUGGUAUUCGGUGAAGAUGGGAUUCGGUAACCUGAAGUCGGAUGCCGGGCUGGAAAGCCUCAAUUCUUAUCUGCAGGACUGGAGCUACAUAGAAGGGUUCGUCCCUUCUCAAGCGGACGUAGCCGUGUUCCAGUGCCUAGCGGGGUCCCCACCGGCCAAGUUUAACCACGCCCUCCGCUGGUACAACCACAUCUCGUCCUACUCUGACCCAGGAACAGAAAGCGUACUUUUCCUGGGGUUCAAAAGCCCGUUGAGGAGUACGGUUCAAAAGGGGGAGCUACAAAUGGACCGGCAGCUGCGGAGGACGAAGAGCGACGAGAAUUAUUGCACUCUUUUCGACGAUGAUGAGGAAGAUGAGAAAAUGCGGGAGGAGAUGAAGAAAGAGCAAGAGGCAAAGAAGAAGAAGAAGAAUAAGCCACCUCCAAUUGCCAAAUCAAACAUAAUUCUUGACGUGAAGCCCUGGGACGACGAAACUGGUGAAUAUGGGGAAGUUGAAAAGCUGGUGAGGAGUGUUGAAGCUGACGGACUUCUGUGGGGAGCAUCCAAGCUUGUCCCUCUCGCCUAUGGAAUAAAGAAACUGCAAAUCUCGUGUGUAGUUGAAGACGACAAGGUAGGAACCGAUUUUCUGGAAGAAAAGAUCAGUGCUUUUGAGGACCACGUUCAAUCUGUGGACAUCGCUGCCUUCAACAAAGUCUAGACAGUGGUGACCAUGAUGUGUGUAUUAUACUAUACUGUAGUCAGGUGUCUUGGUAUGGCGCCACAACAAAGAAUCAUUGCAUCAUCCAUGUACAUUACAUCAGUAAGACAUAAUAUUAUAGCAGCACUAGCAGUGUACUUCAGGGGUAGUGUGUAUAAUAUGAGGGUAAGCAACAAAAGGGGGAUAACUUGGGCACUUUGGAACAUUAUAUAAUAGAGUCACAAUAGAGUAGAUGUGUGUAGCCGCUAACGUGGCAGAAUGGUCUUCAGUCCCUCACUAUUGUGGGACAACUUCGUCCACGAUUGCCUCUUUGGUGCAAUAUUUGGCCAUCUCUGAGUCGUAAUAACUCUCGUCGGUGUUAGCGGUAGCAGGAUCGAGAGUUCCGCCCGGAUCAGGCCCCAAUAGACCCACGUCAAAACCCCUAAUUAUAGGGGGCCGCGGGACAUAGGGGAACCAGCCAGCCUCUCUCGGAAUGACAUCAGUUAUCACUGCCUCGCUCGUGAAGUAUUCCGUUAGCCUUGCAAUGGGCAUAUGUUGGGAAUGGGGAUGGUUUCAGGUCCGGCAAGAGCAACGAAAAACUGGAGCGCAAGGACUAGCUUGGCAUAGAUGUAUCCUUGGAGGCUCGGUGCAGGCAGUUGGUAGUAGCUAGACUGGGGGGAGGAGUUUCCUGCUCUGCGACGUGAUGGUAAACUUGCGAGCGCGAUUGUGGGCGGGGGAACACGGGCUGCAUCUUCUGAAGAACAGCAGAAGAUGUUUCCGGUGUUGCACUGUGAGCGUUGUCGGGAGGCGUUGGUUCCGCCGGCUGCUGUGCAUCUUCGGGAACAGGCGACUGUUGGGUACCAGUGUAGUAGUCGCUCGUCCCUCUCCUCUCUUUGUUCCGUCUUCACGGCGAGAUUUUGGGGGUGUUCUUCGGUGCGUGGUAGCUUGUACAGAGCAUACACACACUGGCUGCGGUACCCCAACGACCUGUCAUACGAGUAUAGUUCAUUGAAGUCACAUCAGCUAUACAUUAUUGAUACAUGCAUAGCUAGCUGGUGGGUCAGGUGUAGUUGUACAAGCCAAACACAUGUAUCGGCUCUUAUGCCGUCCCAUGGAUUGCG